GAGAUCUUCUGACCGUACGUAGCCUUAUCCUGCGAGACCAAUAGCCUCUUCAACACUGCCAAAUCGAAACGCUCAACGAAAAAUCGCGUCCCUUCCCCUUACCAAAGGACGAAAAGAAACCAGAAACAAAACAGACCUUUUAUCUUACGACUUCCACAAUGCUCCUCAACUUGCUGACUCUGGGCCUGUGGUCGAAGAUUGGACGUUUGACACACUACGCAUUUGAUGCGGUGCUCUUGUCUGCCUUCCUCGCUGGCAUGAAGCGAUCGACCGGCCUGACACCCAGUUUCAAGACAGAUAGAGCUGCCGGCGAGAACAAGGACGUUUCGAAGUGGAUCGACAAGUACCUCGGUGUUGGCGAGUGGGUGAUGGAUCAGUCAGUUGCUAUCGCUGGCUCCAGCGGCUGGUUCGAGCGCACGCGGUAAAUCGGCGUCGGCAUCGGCAUCGACAUGGAUAUCGGCAGACCGCUGCCCUUGGUUGACGGAUUUUAUCUGCCUCUUUCUU